UGUGUUCAAUCAAUAAAUAUUAUAUUUCUUAUAUUAUUUUUGUUACAUAUUUAUUGUUAAAUUGCUUAAUUUGAACUAUUUACACACUGUAAAAAAAAAAAAAAACUGGCAGCUGUGGUUGCCAGAAUAAUUAUGUAAAAAAUACAGUAAAAAUGUAAACAACUUUACAGAACAACCUGUACAUUUUACAGUUAAAACAGUAGUAUUUCACAUGACCACGAUGGCACUGUAAAAAAUAAAUAAAAAUUGUUACAUUUACAGUAAAAAAAAAAACAUCAACUUGAUAUUAGCCUUCUGAAACUAUAAAAAUCUGCUUUUUACUUUAAGGUAUUUGUUAGAAGAGCACAUGAUGACAUGAAGUGGAUCAAUAGAGGCUCUUCCAGGAGCAAUGACCAAUAAACAGAGACAGUGCUCAGUGUCACUCACACAAACACUAAACACCAUCAGCGUAACACAUGUGAAAUUAAAAUAAUUCAGUAAACAUUAAACUACAACAGAUAUAACACAGAACACCCCAAUGUACGUAACUGAUAUUAAAAAUAAGAAGAAACUAUUCCUAUAAAAUAUAAUGAACUGGGUCACGCAGGGAGUUCUGGGAAUGCCCGAUUAUUUUUUUUUUUACCGUAAUUUUAACAAUAAUUUACUGUAAAAAGUACAUGUACUCUCUUGUUAAACAUAAUAUAAAUUUUUUACCAUUAAUUAUACUGGAAAAUCAUACUUUUUCAAUCUAAAAGAUGUCAUUUUUACAACAUUUUAUUGUAAAAACUACUGUAUUGUCUUUUAAAAUAUAUUAAAAAUGUUUUACUGUAUUUUACAGUUAAUACUCAUUAAUCAAGUAACAUUUUAUUUCUGUAACAUUUUUACAGUCUUUUACUGUAUUUACAUUGAUUUGUUGAACGUGCUAGAACUGGUACUGUAACAAAAAAUGGCAUUUCUCUAAACAGCACCUUUAAAUGAGUGCAUGUUAACUAGAGAGACUCAAAUGGCUUUACCUCAUCUGUGUGAUGCGUGUUUAAAAUUAAAUGUAUUUUUGUAGUUGUUUUUGAUCAACAACUGACUGUAAAUAACAGAAAGGGUAUUAAAAGAGUCAGUAUUCAAUGUCAAAUGGGUUGCGUGGAUUUGUCUUGGACACACAUUACACGGAAAAACUUUUACUCUCAACACGCUGUGAAAGGAUCUCGCUGCUGAACACUUCACGACUAAACUACACAAUUACCGGUGAAAGAAAUGUAAACAUUUACCAGCCAGUUGCCAAAUAUAUACCUUUUAGUCGAAUAGCGUGAAAUUUGUUUGCAAAUGCAAGUGAUUUCCUCUCAUUGUAGUAAAGGGUUGCGCAUUGAGUGAAGGAUCGAUCUUGGGAUUUAAGAAUCGAUAUUGAGAUCGUUCAAAUGAAGAUCGCGAUUAAUCGGAAAUACUAUAUUUUUACCCACCCCUAGUCGAAGGCUGUCUCAAUUGUGAGGACCCUUGGAAGGCAGCCUCGUUUCGCAGCCUUUCGAUUGCCAUAUUUUUUUGAGGAUGCAUCAGGUGUAUCCUUCAUGACCUUCAAUCACCCACAAUCCUUUGCACAUGUCCCAAAUUAUUUUAACAAAUGCCGGAAAACGAGUCACGUGACCGCAGAGGUGGAAACCUUUAUGGCGCAGCUUAAUUGUUUCUCUCUCUCUUCAAGUUUUAUUUGCAUUUGCAACAAUGACAAUAUGUAGAAAAAUAAAAAAUCCAAGUAGUUUAGACAAAACAACAAAUCAGAAGAAACAAAGAACCAACAAACAAAUAAAUUAAAUUAAUAAAAGGGCAAUGUCACAAAUUUGAAAAGCUUUAAAAGUUUUAUAGUUUUUACAAGUCUAGGGUUCCUUUUUUCAUUAUUGAGGAUUUCAAUAUAAAUUCUAAGAUCAGUGUUGCAAAAUGUAUUAUAUAAAGGCUUUUUCUGAGUGACUACCUUUGUGAAUAAAACAUUUUGCUAAAAUAAUUUUGAGAUUAUGGACAUAUUUCUCGUUUUCUGAAAUAUAUGGGUUUUCUAAAAGUAAAAUAUCACUUGGUUGUAUGCAUAUGGUUUGCCAUGCACACACUGACUAGACCGUCUCAUUGUAGCACUGAAUGCUGAGGAAGAGUCUAGCCAACAGCCUCAAAGUCAGACGGUCUGGACUAGGAAGGAUACUGACUAACUAGGCUGCAGCCCUCCAUUUGAGAAGCACCCAGACCCUGCAUUCCAAACGGGAUAAAUCCACCUCCAAAGGGCACUUCAAAGGGAGAACGGUCCUGGCCGCCAUGUUAAAGGGUCAUUCCAAACCGAAGGGCUCAUAAAUAGCUGCUUCGAAGGGCCUUUCAAAUUGGGCAUUUCCGUAGGGUUCAACUGAUUGACACUAUGCUGCCAAGCGAACCGGAACCGGACAACACGUCAUAAAUCUGCAGAAUUAAAUCUGUUUGACAUGCUAUUGAAGAUGGAGUUUGUUAAAAAGGAGUUUAAAGAGGAGAGUGAAGACAUCACUAUUUCAGAACCAUUCAGACUUAACAAUGAAGAUUCUGAGGAACAAAAAGAGCUGAUGAAAGUGAAAGAGGAAAGUCAAGAACUGAAUGAAGUGGAGGAGAAACAUCAGUAUCAGAAACCUGAUAAUUUCUUAAGUGGUAAAAAAUAUUUGAGUGGCACACAGACUGAAAAGAAACACUCACAAAAAAUAACUCAAAAUUAUUUCACCUGCCAUCAGUGUGGAAAGAGUUUCAAACAUAAAGGAAGCUUUAAUAUCCAUGUGAGAGUUCACACUGGAGAGACCCCAUACUCAUGCCUUCAGUGUGGAAAGAGUUUCACAAAUAAAGGAAACCUUAAAAGCCACAUAAGAAUUCACACUGGAGAGAAACCUUUCACAUGCCUUCAGUGUGGAAAGAGUUUCACACAAAAAUCUAGUCUUAAGGAGCACAUGAGAAUUCACACUGGAGAGGCCCCAUACAUAUGCCUUCAGUGUGGAAAGAGUUUCACACGAAAAGGAAGCCUUAAAAUCCACACAAGAACUCAUACUGGAGAGAAGCCAUAUACAUGCCAUCAGUGUGGAAAGAGUUUCACACAUAAAGGAAACCUUAAUUUCCACAUAAAAAUUCACUCUGGAGAGAAGCCUUUUACAUGCCUCUUGUGUGGAAAGAGUUUCACACACAAAAGAAAUCUAAAGAAACACAUCAGAAUUCAUACAGGAGAGACCCCAUACACAUGCCUUCAGUGUGGAAGGAGCUUCAUAGACACAAAUGUCCUUAAGGAUCACAUGAGAACUCACACUGGAGACAGGCCUUUCACUUGUCUUCAGUGUGGAAAGAGUUUCAAACAUAGAACAAGCCUCAAAAUUCACACGAGAAGUCACACUGGAGAAAAGCCUUUCACAUGUCUUCAGUGUGGUAAGAGUUUCGCAAAUAAAACAACCAUGAGAGCCCAUACAAAAUGCCAUUCAGGAGAGAAAUUACACCAAUGCUCUCAGUGUGGUAAGAGUUUUGUUCGGUUAAGAUAUCUCAUUGUUCAUCAGCGCUAUCACUCUGGAGAAAGGCCAUUUAUGUGUGAUCAGUGUGGUCAAAAAUUUGUCUGUUCAUCACACCUAAAAAGACACUUGCAAAUUCAUGGUAAUGAAAAGCCUUACAUGUGUUCUGACUGUGGAAGGAGUUUUACACAGAUGGCCUAUUUUAAACAACACCAGACAAUACAUACUGGUGUGAAAGCUCACGUGUGCUCAGAGUGUGGAAAAGCCUUUGCCCGAAUCAGCACCUUGAAACAGCACCAAAGAGUUCAUACAGGAGAAAAACCUUACAAGUGUUCACAUUGUGAAAAGAGUUUUGCUUAUCCAAGACUUCUGAUUACACAUGAGAAAGUGCAUGCUGGAGAGAAGACGUAUGACUGCACUCAAUGUGGGAGGAGUUUCAGCUCGCCAAGUACUGUACGGAGGCAUUUAAAGAAGAACUGCCCAAAGUUGUCUUUACCUGAUGAAGCUGAAAGAGGAAAGUCAAGAACUGAAAGAAGUGAAGGAGAAACAUCAGUAUCAGAGACCUGAUGAUUUCUUAAGUGUUAAAGAAUCUUUAAAUGGCUCACAGACUGAAAAGAAAAUAUCAUAUAAAAGAACUCAAAGAACAAAAGCAGAAAAUAAUUUCACCUGCCCUCAGUGUGGAAAGAGUUUCAGACAUAAAGGAACCCUUGAA